AUGUUUUUCACUUUAGCUCGACGGGAUCCAUCGAAGAGGCAAAUUAAACCGGUGAAUACCGAAACUCUUUUACUAGAUGAUCUCGAGGACGAAAGUGAUGCUGAAUAUGUAUACGAUGGGAAUGAUGAUGAUGUGAGUGAGGAUUCGGAGAGUAGCUCUGGGAAUGGGAAUGAGUCGUCCUCAUCAGAAUCUGGAUCAGAGGACGAUGACUCGGAUUCUUCGAUAAGGAUUAUCGGUGUAUCCCACGCCCCAAAUAUUUCCAAGGAUGAUCUUACCCUACACGAUGCAAUUAAUGUGCCUUCUGAGGCGUAUCCUGUCGAUCUACCUCACAAGAAUUCGGUGCUUGAUUCUAACAAGCCAGAGGCAUCCUCCAAAUUCUUAUCUAACCGAAUUUGCAUGCUUUGUCUUGGUGAACAAAGCAACCUAAAUGACGAAAUUAUUGAAUGUGAUGCAUGCAAAAUCGUCGUUCAUGAGGGCAAUGCCCAACGCGAAGGCUUGCUUGCUGAGCCAGCCUAUGAGGACAACCCAACCGACCCCUUUUUUGCUCAGUGUCGCCAGCACACGGAUAAGCAAGUAGCGAAGGUACGUCGUCGCAACUACCUCUCAGCCUACAAUCGAUGCCGUCUUUUGCGUCAAAUGUCUGAAAAGGAGAAAAAGGAUGCUUAUUCGAUGGAUGAACUGGAGGGAUUUACCGCAACAAACAAUGACCCAAAGAGCAAAUUUUUCCUUCUGGAUGACAGGCUUAAGGGGAAAUUGGAAUACUUCCGUCGCCUCUAUGAAGCUAUGCUUAACAAACGCGAAGUGCCUUAUACAAGACCUAACAAGGUGCCUCUCUUUCUGGAAAACUCUCCGGUGGCCAUGCGAAUGUUUAUGGCUAAAGCUAUGGCUUUAUCUCUCCCGAUUGAGUUAACAGGAAGUUCAGCUGUUACGGAGGCCUCCAAAUCACUGGCUCCUGGCUGUCCAGUGUUUUGCCCCGAUUUCAUUAGCUACGUGCUAGAGCGUGAGAAGAAGAUAGAAGAAUACUCCAAAAAGGUUUCCAGUCUUGAGUCUGUUCAGAGGGAGUUACAGUUAUCUGACGCCAAUAUAUCUCAAAAUUACAACAGUCUUUCAACUCGUCUCAUUGAAUUAAACGCGAGGAUAGCGGAUAAUCGGAACAAAGCCGUUAAAUUUCUGGAAUACUUAUCAAAAAUCUUACCGGGUAUUAAAGCAUCAGGUGAUAUGGCCGCUCUUCUAGCGCCACCAGAGGUAGUGGAAGUCCACAGCAGCAGCCUAACUGCUGACUCCACUGCAGUCACUUCUUUUGGUAAUGGUGGUGGUAGCGGCAGGGCAGCCACCAGUGAUCGAGUGCGCACUGUUUGCGGACCUUCGCGUCAGUCACGAAAACGCUGCCGCAAGGAGCGACAAUGCAGCGUUUGCAACGGCUAUAGAGAUCAGCAUUUGUUGACAAUUUGUGACACCUGCAAAAAGGCCUUCCACAUAGCCUGUCUUGAUCCACCUCUUACCCGCGUGCCAAAACAAAGCAAACUCUUUGCGUGGCAAUGUAGCAUGUGUACCGUUGCAGUUGUGACACCUGGGGACGCAGUAACUGUUGACGUGAACGCUCCCCGUCAGCUUCGUCGUACCACUGCUCCUUCCGUCCUCUCACUACCGCCGCCUCUCACUGCCGCCAUCACUCCUGCCUCUGCUGCCACCUCCGUCACCGUUGCCCCCACCACAGUCAAAGUCGGCGCCUCUGCUCCUACCGUGACUCCAUCAGCCCGUAGUAACCGCUCUUCCACCUCCACGCGAAGACGUGGAAAAAAUCGUUGUGUUCGUCUGGGUCGUCCACGCCGCGUGGAGGCAGAGGAGUACCCUUGCCAGAUGGACGCGCAGGAUGUGGUGCCUGCAGAGGCCUAUCCCACCACUGUGAUUCACAAUAGCACUCCUUUAGUGGAGGCCGGUUCGGAUGAUAUUGAAAUGCUUUCGGUGUCACAGCAGCUCAGAAAAGUUGGAUACGGGGAAGAGGGAGAUGGUGAUGAUGAUGCGGGGGAGGACGAGGGCAGCUACAGCAACAACGAUGAAGGUAGUGUUGUUGGCUCAGAGGAGUCGGAAGCACCUGAUGAUGAGGAAAAGAAGGUUUCUGUAGUGAAUACGCACGAGGACUUAAUGACCAAGCAGAACGCAUCGGAUGAUGAGUUGGCUUCCCUUCGAGGAUCAAAAGUAAAGUUUGUUCGGAUAAAAGAUCACGAGAGUCCCAGCGAAAGUCUUGUCGAUUCGGCUCCACAACGCUAUGUUAUCUGCCAGUCGCAAGAUUCAACGCCUAAGAAGUCACCGACAUCGAGCAACUUCAAAAUAAAAAUUCGCAAAUCGACUGACUCCUGA